AUGCGAGUAAUUCAUGAGCCUGCUUCGACCCAACACAGCUUGCCCCAAAUUGAGAUAGAAAAGGACCGAUACCCUGAAGGUGGGCUGAAAGCAUGGUCUGUUGUCCUAGGGGCCUGGUGCGCCAUGAUUCCCUCCAUGGGGCUUUUGAAUAGCCUGGGAACUCUGCAGGCAUGGACAAGUACGCAUCAACUGAACGAUUAUUCGGAAUCAAGUAUCGGUUGGAUAUUUGGAGCCUAUACCUUUUUCCUCUUUGUAGGAGGAGCUCAAUUUGGUAGGCAUAUGUUCAAUUGGGAUCGUACUUUCGUUAGUAUUCUUGAGUUUCAGCCAAGGUGUGUUUCCGAUGCUUCGUCAUAUUCCCUCGUUAUCAUGAUAUGCUCAACCUACACCAUGCACAUUGUACUGGGCGGUAUAUCAGCGAGCACCCUCUUUACACCCCCUGUGGCUGCCGUUGGCCAUUGGUUUCAUGACAAACGCGGCUGGGCAACAGGCAUUGCGUGUACAGCUGGGGGCAUCGGAGGGUCUGUAUUCCCUCUGAUAAUUCUUUUUGCAGCUCCACGGAUAGGCUUUGCAUGGGCUAUUCGCAUAAUCGCCCUACUUUGUGCACUCUUUUGCUCAAUUGCAUGUCUUACGGUCCGGACUAGACUCCCUCCUAAGAAAGCAGCCACUUUUCUGGAUUUCAAUGCUCUCAUGGAUGUCAAGUACGCAUCUGCGUCCCUAGGCGUCUUUCUGGUCGAAUUUGCCGUUUUCGUUCCUAUCACAUACAUCACAUCCUAUGCUCUUUCUGUUGGCUUUGGUGAUCAGAUGUCAUAUGCACUGCUUAUCUUCCUUAACGUUGGUGCUAUCUUCGGGCGCUUUCUACCUGGAUUGGUCGCUGAUCGAUUUGGUCGGUUUAACGUCAUGACUGUGAAUUGCUUGAUGUGUUCACUACUCACUCUCAUUCUAUGGCUGUCAGGGGACCUUGUCAAUGCCGACAGUCUAGGAAUUCUCAUUAGCUAUGCCGUGCUGUUUGGUUUCUUUUCUGGAGCCGCUAUAAGUAUUGCGCCGGUGUGCAUUUCUCAAGUUUGCGAAAUACAGGACUACGGAAAGAGAGUGGGAACUACUUGGACACUUGUCAGCUUGGGCACUCUCAUCGCUAUACCCGUCGCAGGCGCGAUCCAACAACAUAACAAUGGGGCGUACUACGGAUUGAUUAUUUUUGGGGGUGCUCUUUAUCUUUCUUCUGCCGUUGCAUUUGCUGUUUCUCGGGGUAUAUGCAAGGGAUGGGCCUGGAGAACAGUGUUUUAA